AUGCCACCUAGAGUGACGGGCGCGUCGACGUCCCUGGCUGCGGCCACGAGGACAGCAGUAGCUGGAGCGACACAGAUACAAUGCUUCGCCGCCGCCGCCACAGCAGCAGUAGCAGCGCCGUCUCGGACAUUUAGUACAACUAGUCCCCAGGAGCGCAUGAACAAGCAGCGCUUUAUGAUGAGGAUUUGGAUGAAGACCCGGGCAAAGAACAUGUUUGGCCCAGACGCGCCCAAAGGACCUCGUUACGUGGGCAAAUAUGAGGAUCAACCCUUCCCUCUUAAUCCGCUCUUCCGAAGCCAGCCUGUCCUCUCGGACAUGCUCAAGGACAUGAUCUGGAAGAAGGUCGUCGAGAAGGGUGAGGCUAUCAAGGCUGUUUCGCAGGAGUUUGGGGUGGAUGUCAGGCGGAUCGCUGCUGUCGUGAGGCUCAAGGAGGUGGAGAAGAAGAUGAUCGCCAAGGGUGAACAAUUGGCCAGCCCCUACAACCGUGCAGUACUGAGCAUGCUCCCCCAGACGCGGUACGAGGAGUCAGACAAGACUCCCGCCCCUCAUGAGCCCAUCAACGAGGUGCCCAUGCAUCCGGCCACGCUGCGACAGCUGUUCGUCCCCGUGUCUGAGUCCCGGCGCUUCACGCGCUCUGACGCAGCCAAGGCCUUCCACGACGAUCUCCUCUCGGCCGACGAGCGCUCCCUGCAGCGGGAGCUCAUCUCUGCGGAGCGCGAUGUCGCUACAGGCGUGUCGGACCGUGCCGAGGCCAUGACCAAGUACAGGACCGAGGUGCAGCGCGUGGAGGAGGAGCAUGCGCGCCGCGUGGCCGAGCAAGUGGCUGCCCAGGCGGCACGGAUCAAUACGGUUGCUACGGGGCGUGCGGCGUACCGUAUCAAGGAUAUCAAGGCUGAGGACAGUGGGAAGGACGGACGGUCUCCGCGUGGUGUUGGAUGGCGGUAUGGUGCACCUCUGCAGGACAGGAAGCGUGGACAGGUCAAGAUUCCGACGCAAGUGCCGUAA